UGUAACUGUAAAAAUUAGGUAUUUUUGAGAGUGAAAGCUGGAAGUCUAUUCUUCAAAAAUGCCAAACCGAGUUUCAGAGUUCACAGUCCGAGUCCGAGUUUGCCGACUAGUCACAGAGUUUUCUAUGCUACGUCUGUUUUAAUGUUUUGGAAACUGAUUUUUUUUGACAGCCUUGUAUAUAAUAUGUCUGCUGUCAUGUGGGUGCUUCCUUGCUGCCAAAACCAGUUUUUGUUGCCGCUGGUAUUGCAUUUCGUCCGGUUAAACAAAGCCACGUUUACCGACAUCCCGCUUCCCACGGAAGUGGAAGCUGCUAAUGUUUACAAAAUUCUCGAUCGAGAUGAUCGAUUUUUUGUGAAAUCCCCAAGAUACCCAGAUAAUUAUCCAGAUAACACCCAGACUGCAUACUGGCUCCAAGGGAAUGGGCGUCCUAUUACGCUGGAUGCCAAGGAUUUCCAGUUGGAAGCGCCAGAUUCCCAACUAGGGUGUAGGAACGAUUACCUGGUUAUCUGGGAUCUACUCUAUCCGAACCUAAUUCUGAAGGUUGCUUGCGGAAACGCCCUGUUUUCUUUUAAGUCGUACAGCGACUCUGUUAUGAUGCUUUUCUAUUCCGAUUCCGCGCAAAAUUUCAAAGGAUUUAAUUUUUCCGUAUCAAGAACUCUUGAUUGCGGCGAGAAUGAACUUGUAUGCCCUUCAAGUCGAUUAGGCGGACCACUUAAAUGUAUAGAUCCGGAACAUGUUUGCGAUGGAGUGUUUGAUUGUGCAGACCAAGAGGAUGAAAUCUGUACCGUGCAGUGCGGGUUACCAUCGCCAGCUCCUGUUACCAAGGCCAAUACGCCGGCAAUGGGUUCAAAGAACCGGAUUGUGGGAGGAACUGACGCAGUUCCAAAUGCUUGGCCAUGGCAAGUGGAUGUGUCCAUAAAUAAUGCCACGUGUGGAGGAUCUCUGUUAGCACCACGGUGGGUAAUAACUGCCGGCCACUGCUGCAAAGAAUACGGUGUGGAGUUUCCCCUGGAAAGCUACGUUCUUCGAGUUGGGUACACUAGUUGUCAAAAUAAAGAAGACGGACAAACCGUAACGCUGGCUGAUAAGGUCGUCCAUCCAAACUUUACGGAAAGUUCGGCAGGAACCAACUAUGACUACUGCAUUCUCUUCCUAAAUGAAGAAGUGCAAAUGUCCCCCCAAGUCCAGCCGAUAUGUCUGCCUCGUCCGGGGAUAGUGGCCAAUCCUGGUGACUUGUGCACGGCUACCGGAUGUGGGAAUACGAUGCAGUGGACGGGCCAAGGUGCCCACAGCGUCGACUUACCGAACCAGUUGCAGGUCGUCAAUUUGAUGAUUGUAAAUGGAUCCCAGUGUGACAAAAGUUACGAUACAAUUUCGCCACAAAUGCUUUGCGCGAGCAUGCCCAAUAAAGACGCAUGCCAGGGUGAUAGCGGUGGACCGCUGGUAUGUCAAUCAGACCGUUCCAGUCCUCAGCAGUACUUUCUUCAGGGCAUCACAUCAUACGGCUUUGGGUGUGCUUCCGGUAAACCUGGAGUUUUUGCGGAUGCCAGGCGAAUGCUGCCUUUCUUAAUCCAGACGGUUUACGACAACAAAGUCGGUUGGAAUCCUGACGUGACCGUACCCAAACUACGUCAACGCCAGCAUUCCGAGCCAUCAUAUGCUCCGAGAGUGCUCCCUGGACCGCACGAACCGGAGGAAGCGGAUCCGGAAAAUACUUCUGCCUCUGAUUCCUGGUCCCUCGUUACUACCAUUGCAUUUGGUGUAAUAACGCUUAUACGAUCGUUACUAUGGCGAAUCGGUCAAUAACAAUGAGUGGAAACUU